AAUGUAAACAAACAUUCAACGCCAGAGAAUCUUUACGUCAGGAUUGUUUUGUAUUUUAUUCCAUGUUCAUCCGAUAUUUCAUUGCUUAUAUGGUCUGAUUAGAGAUAAACAAGGGUUAUUAUUAAUUAUACAAGGAUUAUUAAAGGAAAUCGCACACAAUGAGCAGUGACGACCUUUUUGAUGCUGUUGAUGCCCUUGAGCAACAGCAGUAUCAUGCUGGGGAGGAAGAAGGUAUAGAAGAAGGUCGUAAGAAGCACAUAGCGACAGGCGCACUACUAGGAUGGCAGCAGGCAUGUCACAUCCAGCAGGAACUCUGCCGUAUUGAAGGACUUUUUGAAUCCCUUCUACUGAACUGCCAAUCAGACAUCAACCCCAAACUACAGAACCAAAUGGAAAAGCUCGUUGCGACCAUCAGGGAGAGUCCGAACUGGGACCCAGCAGAAGAGGACACCCUAGAGGCCAAGCUCUCUGCCAUCCACACCAAGAGUAGAUACAUCCUGCAGCGACUGAAAAUACCAGCCAAAGUUAUUGAUAGAAGUGUUGAUGGGGAUUUCUAAAGAGACAUAUUUCUGAGGGAUUGAAAGGCAUCAGAAACAGAGUUUGCUCAGUAGAGGUAUUAGUUUUUAUUCAAACCUUUUUCUAGAUUUUCCAAUGAUUUGAAGGGAUGUGAUAUAUGCCUAAUUCAAUUUAUAUUAGUUCAGGUAAAUAUUUUUCUAUGGUUCUUGUUUUAUACCCCACAACUCAGUCUUUAAGAACUUCAUUUGUGUUUAGUGUUAUCUUGUUAACACACUGGUGCCAGGUAAUCACGACGUCUACUGUCUUUUUCUUUGGUGAAUUUUGUUUGGAUAUAGUUGGCCCCACUAAUGUAGAUAAGGUAUGAAUGAGAAUGAAUACCUUCAUAUUACAGGAGAUGUAUUUGGCUGGUUUUGAUUAUAUCUUUGUCAGAAAUACAUGUAUAUCUGACAAAGAUGUAAUCGAAACUGGUAAAAAACAUUGUGAAGAUAUUCUUUCUCAUUCAUACCUUUUCUGCAUUUGUCAACAUGAAUACAGUCCAUGGCUCCAUGAGUGCUCAGCCUCCAAGGAGCCAGUUAGUGAAUCUAUAGUAUCCUCAGUUGAUUUUCUCUUUCCUUGAGAUAUCAAGAAAAUAUAUAUUUUUUCUAUUGAUAUUGGUUUUGUUAUUAUUAUUGUUGACAAUAAAAUUAUUUGUUAUUUGCAAUACUAAUUGCAAUAACAAAAAAAUACGAUUUUUCACAAAAAUCAAGGAAAAAGGUAAUCAUGUGAGCUAAGUAGAACUAGUAAGUGACUCCUUACUAUUUAAGCAUUUGUGGAGACCUCUAUGUGUAAAGACGAUCAAAAAACAAAAAGACAUAGUAGACAAGGUAAAUAUUCCUGCCACCCCAUCAACAGUGGGUUAAUGUCUUAUAUUCAGAUGACUUCCUGCAACAUUUCAGACUGUGCAAUUCUAUUCAAAUAUUUUGCAGCUGAAAGUUGGUGGCUUUAGUUCAGCUAGAAAAGAGUGGAUAUUAAUAUAUAAGGUCAUAGUUCACACAUCAUAAUUCACAGGUGAUUGUGAUUGAAAUGAUAACGGUAAUUUGAAAACAUUUAACCAAUUCUGCACUUAAAUGGUUUGCUAUGUCACAAGAUGUUAAUUUCUUCAUUGUGUACAUCAUUUAUGUUUCAUAAGUUAUAAGUUAUUUAUUUCUCUGAUAAAAUAUUGGAAGGUGUGAAAGAUGAUGCUGAUUGUGAUACUAAAAUAGUCAUUACUAAUGUAAUGAGAAUUAUUAUUGUUAAUAAAAACUAAAAUAAAGAAAUGUAAAGGUUGAUAGCAAAAGUAACAGUAGUAAUAUUAAUAAUAUAAAACCCACUACAGAAUAUUGCAGAAGGAUAAGCAGUAUUUUGGCGAGACAGGUGCCAGUCUCACUAAACGUUCGGCCCCAACAUAAAUAUGCGGUAUCCAGAGGACACAAAAACAACGCACUCCUCUGCCAUCAGAUGGAUUGGUCAGCUGCGCAAAUUGUCUUCCUUUUUGCCGAUGUCCAUGCCACAGACUGGUGGAAUAGCCUUAAUCAAGCUAUUACCUAAUUUCAACUUGAACAGCAGCUUUUCUCCUGCCAACAAUCUCCUCGCAUCCCACAUCCUCCUCGUCCUCCUCCCUUAUACCAGCCAUUUUUCACAUAGACUGCCUGAUCCUUCGACCUGAUCUGACUUCCCUUCACUUCACCAUUCGCCUGUCCUCACCUGCUCCAUGUUCACCUUGUUGCCUCUCCUUUCUCUCUUUUGUACUCCUCCUCUCCCUCUCAAUUUGGACCGGAAGAUGAAAUUCAGGAGGAUUUUGUAACUCUUUUACAGUAAAUCUAGUUUAUGCA